CGAAUAUAGAAGCAGUGAGCAUUUUGUCAUUUGCGAGUUGCUCGAGUGAAUUUUAUUAAAUUUAGUAUUAUUUCGAGCCGUUGUGCUGUAUAUUUCGUGCGAAUCAUCACUGGAAAGCCUUAUCGUAUGCAUUCACAGCCAAAUUGCCCAUGUCCGGAUCCGCUGCAGCCAUGAAUUCUACAUCGAAUGUGGAGAAUUUAUCACCGCAAAUCAUUCGACAGAUCGUGAAGGAGAUGCACGAUCUGGCGACAAACUCACCAGAAGGCAUCAAAGUACAAAUUAAUGAAGCCGACGUGACGGACAUCCAAGCAAUAAUUGAGGGGCCAGCCGGGACGCCGUACGCCGGCGGCGCCUUCCGUGUGAAACUGGCCCUGGGCAAGGAGUUCCCCUCGACGCCGCCCAAGGCGUUCUUCCUCACCAAGAUCUUUCACCCAAACGUGGCGGCGAACGGCGAGAUCUGCGUGAACACGCUGAAGCGCGACUGGCAGCCCGAUCUGGGCAUCAAGCACAUCCUGCUCACCAUCAAGUGUCUCCUGAUCUGUCCGAACGCCGAGUCGGCGCUGAACGAGGAGGCGGGCAAGAUGCUGCUGGAGCGAUACGACGACUACUCGCAGCGCGCCAAGAUGAUGACGGAGAUCCACGCGCAGACGGUGAAGUCUGUGGCGCCCAGCGAGGAGGAUGGGCCGCUGUCGAAGAAGAAGGCGCAGGACAAGAAGAAGGAGAAGCUGAUCAAGGAGAAGAAGCGCAAUCUCAAGCGAUUAUGAGCGCGCUUCCCGAUCCACAAAUUCAACUUCUGCAAACUUUGAGAGAUGUUCUUCUGAAAUUCUAGUUUCCCUGGACCACAAAGCCAUCUUUCCCACCAACUAACACACCUUCCGCGCUUCCCGUCGCGCGCCAGUGAAGAGAUGAAAAAAGAAAACGGUCAAUUAGCAGUGAGAAUGUGGUUGGGUCUUUGCGAGAUUUUCAGUUUAUUUCGAGUGGAUUGACGAUGAUGAGUUUCCUCAUGUUUUCUUUUGUAUAAUGUGUCCAAGAGAACUUUUACACCCCACAAUUAAAUUGCUAAGAAUUCUUUUAUCCAUUUUUCUGCACGUUCAUUUUAUGACAAAAUACAUUUUACAUUAAUAAUAUAUUUUAUAUAGUGAAGAAAAAACAAGUCGAUACAAUUAUAAGUGAAAUAAAACAACUCUUGUCAUAGGCAAUAUUAUGUCCCGAGAAAUAGUUUAUCUCAAUGCAUUUCUUGUAAUGUUUUUUAGCUCUGUUGUGUUUUUUUUUUAUACAAUGACAGCGUCCGGAAAGGUAAAAAAUUCGAGGUCUAAAUGUUCGGUCUUUGAAUGUCGAAAGUCACAAGACAAGAAAAAAAAUCGCGAAGCAACAAAUUCAACAUUUUUCUUUUCUCUCUACAAAUUAGAAAUGUGUGUAUUGUGUCGAAGGCGAAAGUAGAA